UUGGGAUUUUUAACAGGAUUUGUGUGCCCAUAGUUGCAGUGUGUGAAAAUAUCAAUGUAAAAAUACGAAAAUUAAAAAUACAGACGCACAGAUUAAAGAAAACUGUGUAGAAGCAAAAGACGCGGGAAUAUUUUCAUAAAUAAACAAAUUAUUGCAACAAAUUAAAACAAAAACGGCCUCACCAUUGAUCAAUUUCUGCAACUACAAGAGCGGAUUCGAAACUUCGAGGGCAUGCUUGGCGGCAGCAGCGGGGAGCGUUUAUGCACGCCAAGCACUUCGGCCGGUCCAUUUCGAAUAUUCUCCGUGGCCGGUUUUCAGAAUCGCGCCAACGACAUUGUCUACUGUCCGCCCAUUGUGCGCCAGCAGUCGCAGCAUGUGGAUGACUCCAAGGCAAUUAUCUACUUUGGUGGCGAUGUGCAGGACUUUCCGGAGAGCAUGGAAACGAACCGCGACAGCCGCGGCUACAUGAAAUACAAUCUGGAGAACUCUGCGAUAUUGCUGCGCGAAGCCUUUCCGCGCUCCCACAUUAUAGUCAUACGACCGGUUCGCAUGGAAUUUAAGACCUUCAGUUGCUUUGAUAAUUUCGUGCGUGGAAAUAAUGCAGGUGUGCCGGAUCAUACGCCCAUGAACCAUGCGCUGCAACAUUUAGAAAAACUGCUACAGAAUCUAUCGCAACGCCUGAUCUCAAUACCCGAAAACGAGAUACUCGACCAGGCAGCCCAGGCGGCGGCCGCAGCGGCUGCCGUUGCUGCUGCUGCAGCAGCAGCUGCCAUGACGCUCUCAAAUGCCACUGUGAACUCAGAGUCUAGCUCAGCCUCAGUAGCUGCAGCUGCCGCAGCGGCGGCGGCGGCAGCAGCGGCGAACGACAGCAGUCAGGAAAUGGACAUAGAUAUACUGCAGGUGCAGGAGAAUGUGACUGUGGAUGCAGAUGGUGCCGUGAUCUUUCCCAUCGUCUCCGCUGGCAGCACGGAGACGAGCACAGCUACUAACAAUGGUGGCAAUGUCAACAAUAGCAACAAUAAAGAUGCUCUGCUUAACAAUCAUCAAGAGUCGAACAUCCAACAACAGCAGCAACAGCUGCAGCAACAACAACAGCUGCUGCAACAGCAACAACAGCAGCCGCAACAGACAGUUGUUAAGGCCGCGUCAGCGCCAAUGAACAAUGUGGAUCACUACAACAACACAACAAACAGCAGCAAUGAUUGCGCCGCUGAUCGGCAACCGUCGCUGCCAACGCAACCGCAGCAGCCGCGACCGGCGACGCCAACGUCCGAGAAUAAUCCAUUGUGGUGGCGGGAGAAUCUGAACUUGGACAAGUCCAAGCUGGUGCUGAUAGGCUUCAGCAAGGGCUGCGUCGUGCUCAAUCAAUUCAUCUAUGAGUUUCAUUAUCUGAAAACGUUGACGCCCGAUGACAGCAGCAUGUGCCGGCUGCUCUCGCGCAUAACGGACAUGUAUUGGCUGGACGGCGGGCAUGGCGGCCAGAAGAACACAUGGAUCACAUCACGCAGCCUGCUGGAGACGCUUACGCGAAUGGGCAUGAACAUACAUGUGCACCUCACACCCUACCAGGUGCAGGACGAUCGGCGGCCCUGGAUACGCAAGGAGGAGAAGCUGUUCACCGAGAUGUUGCGGCGCUUGAAUGCGCCCAUUACGCGACACUUGCACUACGAUAACCAGCCGGCGAAUCUGAUGACGCACUUUGAGGUGCUGCAGGCAUUCUGUCAGCACGUCCAUUCGCUCAAUCAGCAGCAGUUGCAGCAGCAGCCCGGCCAUGAGCAGCCAAUUGUGGCCACAAACAAUGGCUCGAGCGGUGCUAGCAACAAUCUGCUCGAUGCCAGCGAUGAGGCAAAGUGA